GGUUGCACUGCCUGAUUUUGGAGCAGGCGCUAUGGAAAACUGGGGAUUAAUGAUUUUUGAAGAACCAGCACUGCUGUACCUCCCAACUGAUAAAUUCACAGGCAGAAAGACGAUCAUUGCCUUAAUUGUGUCACAUGAGCUAGCACACCAGUGGUUUGGAAAUCUGGUUACAAUGACCUGGUGGAAUGACUUGUGGCUUAAGGAGGGCCUGGCAUCUUACCUUGAGAACCUGGGAGCUACUUUUGUUGAACCCGAGCUUUCACUGCAUGAAAUCUUUUAUGAUCACAUCGUACAACCUGUCUUAAGUCAAGAAAAUGACAUAGAAGUUCGAUCACUGUCAGAAAGUGAAGACAAGGUCAACGGAUCAUUUUCAUUAGUUUCUCUGUUUGACAGCAUCACAUACAACAAGGGGGCUUCUAUUACAUGGAUGCUUUCUGGUUUUCUGACUGAGAAGUUGCUUACCAGAGCUUUAAAUUCGUAUCUGAAAGAAUUUGCCUUUUCAAACGCCAACCAAGAUGAUCUGUGGAUCCACAUACAGUCGGUAGUAGAUGCGCAAGAUGAAGUUCAGCUGCCAGCAUCUGUAAAAAAAAUAAUGGAUUCCUGGACACGUCAAAGUGGAUUUCCAGUUUUAACAUUCAAUAUAACCACCGGCACGAUCAGUCAGGAAAAAUUUCAUAAUAAAAAGCAUGAAAACAGUACGGAUAUUCACAACAAUACUUGGAUUGUUCCUAUUUCUUGGAUGAGAAAUGGAUCAUCACAGCCCUUAAUCUGGCUUAAUAACAGCAGCAAAGUGUUUUCUGAAAUGCAAGUGUCAGAAUCAGAAUACGACUGGAUCCUACUAAAUGUAAAUUUAAGUGGAUACUACAGAGUGAACUACGAUCAGUUAAACUUGAAAAGAUUAGUACACUUGCUUGAAAAUGAUCCAAAGGCUAUUCCUGCUGUCAGCAGGUUCCAGCUGCUAGAUGACAUUUUUGCAUUGGCACGGUCUGGAUAUAUUGAGAUUGAAGCUGCACUUGAACUAACAAAGUACCUUGCCAGAGAAGAUAAACUCUUUGUAUGGAACGUGGUAUUGGUAAAUCUAGUGCCUGACAAUGUGGAAAGUACUCUGAAAAACUAUGAAGUAUACCCACUUUUGAAGAAAUACCUUUUAAAGAGAAUGUUGCCAAUAUACCAUUAUUAUGCAGGUUUUAUUCGUCAAAAUGUUGAUGCUUUGGAAGAUGACUAUUUUGCUCAAGUGUAUUUGGAAAAAUUUUUUGCAACAGCAUGCUGGCUGGGUCUCCAAGACUGUUUGGAUCUGUCGUCUGAAUUGUAUACUAAGUGGAUGGACAACCCUGAGUACAAAAUUCCAUUUUUAAUUAGAAGAACUGUCUGCUGCUAUGGCGUUGCAGUAGGAAGUGAUAAAGAAUGGGAUUUUGCAUGGGAAAUGUAUAAACAUAAUGACUCCACAACGGAAGAUAAAGACAUCCUCCUCUCUGCCAUGAGCUGUGCCAAAGAAUCGUGGUUACUUCACAGAUCCUUGCGGUAUUGGCUCAGUGAUACACAGUUUUCUUCCAACUGUACAGCAAACAUCCUUGAAUAUGUAGUGUCUAAGGACACUGGGCACCGUAUAGCCUGGGAAUUUGUUACAGAAAACUGGUCGCUUUUAAGUGAAAGGUAUGGGAAGGAAUUAUUACAUGCCGUAUUAAGAAUCAUGGGAAGAUUUGUCAGUACAGAUAUUCAGAUACCAAGAGUUGCAGGUUUUCUAUAAUAAUACACUAGAAGAGGAUGAGAGAGAAACUGCUACUCUACUACUGGAGUCUGCAAAAACUGAAAAUGUGGAAAGGAAGGAACUUCUAACUAGAGUUGCUAAUUGGCUAGAUAAAAUUAUAGACGACUGAUUGGUGAAAAUAAUUUCCAGUAUAUUUUAGAGUUUGAUUCAGUAGCACGUCGAUAUUUUAAGAUGUAAUUAAAGAUAGAAGAAAUCUUUAUGAUGUCUGAGAUUAUCUUCCCAACUGGAUAUUCAGGCUAAACCAAUUCAAAAAGAAAAUAAAAAUUCUGAUUUCAGAUCAGAAAUAAGAUUUAUGUAGGUUCCGCCAAAAGUAAUUCCUCUUAAUUAGUACAAUGGAAACUACAGCAAAUACAAAGAGCACCUUAACACCAUUUGAUAGAGCAAAUUCUCAGCUACAAAACAUUAUCUUUCAACCUAGUCACUACAUUAGCUGUGCAUUCUUGACAAAAGCAAGCAUUCAUAAAAAUCUGUACUGGCAGAGGAAACCAACUGUUUCAUAGCUGCUAUUAUGGCGUCGUUGCUAGGAAAAUGUUGCCCACACAGUCUGACUUUCAUAAGUCCAAAUGGAUGUGGGUGCAGUAGGGCAGUCCAGCCAAGACUAUCGAUGUGCUCCAUGAUCUUCAGACUGGUAAGGGGCCUGGCAUUAUCGUAUUGGAAGAGAAAGAUUGUCUUCUUUUCUGGCUUUCCUCUGUAAGUUCAAGCCUUCAGCUUAGUUGGCACUGCAGUGUAGAUGUCAGAGUUGGUGGUUUGUGUGGGUUCCAGGAAAUUCAGAAGGAUCACCCCUUUCCUACCCCACUAGACAGUUCACAUCACUUUACCUACUGAGGACUGCAUCUUGAACUUUCUCUUAGAUUGAAGUUCACAUUUCCCCACUCCACAGACUGCUGUUUUGACUCCAGCUUGUAGCAGUCACCGUACAUCUUGUCAAUGGUAACGAUGCAAUUCAGAAAAAUGUCACCUCCAGCUUCGUUUUGAGGUAUUCCAACAUUACCACCAUGAUUUCUAAAGCAUUGGAGCCAAUAUUAAGCCUUAUUCACAAUUGUCUGGUCAUAAUCUGCUCAUUUGCGUGGAUGAGCUGGCUGAAACGCUCUUCAUUUUCUGUGGUGUGACAGUUCUGCAUGCCCUUCUGGAACAUGGCUUGUCUUUCAUAUCACUGUCAACACUGCUGGCAUGCGCCAUCCAGCACCUCACUGUGCAGACAUACACUGUUUGAUCUCUGUAAGUGUUCAGCAUCAAUGAAUGUCAGCGAGUGCAAUUUUUUCCUCACAUUUCCCUGCGAAUUCAUUGACACACCCUUCAUAUACACUCACAUAUCAGAUGCCAUUCUGUCAGACUGCCCCUCUGCUGCCAUCUGCCACACGGGAGCAACAUGGGAUGGAAAUUGAAGGGAAGGGUCAGCCUCUACUGUCAUGCCACCAACAUCCAUCUCUGACACUGUAGGCCAACAUAAUAAAACAAAAGGUGUUAUUUUCAGAGCAGUCCUCAUGUAUUUUCAUAUUACAUCUAAAUUUACUUCCUACUGAAUAAGUGGUCCAUGGGGAUAUAUGUUACUAAUAAUAACCUAAUGCACAGAUGCAGUCCUAAAUUCUUUUUAUGUUUCUCCCUGAAUCUCAGAAGAAAGGGCGUGGUUCAAGUUUUUGGCAAAAACCAUGCUGAAGUGGGAAAAGUUUUAUACUGUUUCGCUUAUGAUCUACACUGUGGCCUUGGGCAGGUCGUUUAAUCUGUAACUCCAUUUCUACAUUUGUAAAGUGGAUGGGGGAUAAUAAAUACAGUGAAACAUAAGCUUGUGAAUGAAUUCAGAUCUGUGGAGAGGGAUGAACUAAAGAAACAUCAAAUUUUAAUUACAAUAAAAAAUGCUUUAUUAUUAAAACUUUAUUUUUCCUUCUGUAAAUGUUUCUCCUUAAUAUGUCUACAUUUACAUUUAUGUUUUAUUAGGAAUGUGCUUUUGAAGAGACCCUCCCAGCUUCUCUAUUACCAUGCAUUAAUCCCCAGGACAGUCCUGGAGGAUCUGUGAAGUGGAUUAUUUUUAAAGGAAUUAAGCCAGGAGAUGAUGAGCUUUUGGGAUUCUGCUCAUAGACUCCAUAAUCUGGUGGUCAUUUUGUCCAUGCCACCAAGGUGUAACUAACCUAACUAAACUCAGAAGCAUCACCAAGCAUUUCCAUUCUUACUGCAAAGAUCUGCCAGCUAAUAUAGACACGUUUAAUCGUCUCGCAUACACAGUGUUUCAGGGGAGAUGGACAGACAAAAUCUAGACCUCCAGAGAAUCAGUCAGCAAAAUAUAUUUGCUUUAUUUUAUUUUAUUUUUUUAUUAUGGGGUCCUCAGUUCAUGCAAUUUAUUUAUUUGUAUGGUAAUAAUAUUAUGACAAAGCUAUCUGUACUGGCGCCCUGGUUAACAUAGAAAACAGGGUUGUGUGGGAAUGUAAGAAACCCAAUAUGUUCAAUACCACACUGAGGAGAAAGGAAUGAAAAACCAGCCCUACUGACACAGAGAUUUCCUCUGUUUACAGGCUAACUACAUCCAUGGUAAACACUGCCAUAUUAGCUGCAAUGAAUCUUCAGUUCUCUCUGCUGGUGCAAGAAAAAAAACCCUGUAGUUAUUGUAAGGAUACCUGAGGAUCUCUGGGAGAAUUAACAACUGGUACAGCCAGGUUUGUGCUGAAAUCAUUUCAUCUCUUAAGCAAACCGAGUGAAGUCUUGAGGAUUUUCGCCAAGCUGAUUCAGACAGCAAAGCUAGGCUACGAUGAGCUAGAGGAGUUUUACUUGUGUUUCCCUCUAGUCAAUCAACAGCUUUGCAUGAUUAGUCAGCAAAUGGGCUACACAAAACAUGAGAAAGUUGUUGCUGCUGGACUAAAUCUUCAGUAAAAAAAAUAAAAAAAUUAAAAAAAAUCUGUAAAUCUUUUAUGUUCAAAGCUUUUCUUUUCAAUCAGGAGUAAACUCAUCUUUUCUAACUGUUCUUCUACUGUCUUAUUCUUUUUGG